AUGAUGUCGAUGAACAGCAAACAGCCUUUCAGUAUGCACCCGAUGCUGCACGAACCCAAGUACGCUCCUCUGCACUCCAGCUCGGAGGCCAUCCGCAGGGCCUGCCUGCCCAACCCGUCGCUCCAGGGGAACAUCUUCGCCGGCUUCGAUGAGACCUUGCUGCAGAGAGCCGAGGCUCUGGCCGCCGUGGACAUCGUGGCCCAGAAGAGUCACCCGUUCAAACCCGACGCCACCUACCACACCAUGACCACCAUGACCAGCAUGACCUGCACCCCCACCUCCUCCUCGGGCCACCUGCACCACCCGUCCGUGCUCACCUCGCACCACCACCCGGUGCACCACCACCAGGGGUCGCAGGGCCUGGACGGCGACCUGCUGGACCACCUGACCCCGGGCAUCUCCCUGGGAGGCAUGGCCGGCUCGGACGUGUGCUCCUCCUCGCACAGCCACGCCGCCCACAUGUCUGCCAUCAACCACAUGCAGCACCACCACCACCAGCAGUCCAUGAACAUGCACCAGCACGGCCUGGGGUCCCACGGCUCCCUGGGGGGCUCCGGCGGGGACGUGGAGCCCGACCCCCGGGAGCUGGAGUCCUUCGCGGAGAGGUUCAAACAGAGGCGGAUCAAACUGGGGGUGACCCAGGCGGACGUGGGCUCGGCCCUGGCCAACCUGAAGAUCCCCGGGGUGGGCUGCCUGAGCCAGAGCACCAUCUGCAGGUUCGAGUCCCUCACGCUGUCGCACAACAACAUGGUGGCCCUGAAGCCCAUCCUGGAGGCCUGGCUGGAGGAGGCCGAGCGGGCCCAGCGGGAGAAGAUGAACAAGCCGGAGAUCUUCAACGGAGGAGACAAGAAGAGGAAACGCACGUCCAUCGCGGCCCCGGAGAAGAGGUCUCUGGAGGCCUACUUCGCGGUGCAGCCCAGGCCCUCGUCCGAGAAGAUCGCAGCCAUCGCCGAGAAGCUGGACCUGAAGAAGAACGUGGUCCGGGUUUGGUUUUGCAAUCAGAGGCAAAAGCAGAAACGAAUGAAGUUUUCUGCGACGCACUAA